AUGAGCAGCGAAGACCCAGCGGAGCGGCCGGAGCAGAUCGCUGCCAUCAUCAACGGUCUCGAGCGUUACAACCCCGAGGCCGUCGGCAGCCUGGAGGCGUACCUGACACAGCAAUGCGAGGACCGGUUCACGGACUGCAAUGCUAACCGGACACUACUGAAGCUCUACCAACUCAACCCCGACCGUAUCAAGGACGAGGUGAUCACCAACAUUCUGGUCAAGGCGAUGACAGAAUUCCCCAGCCCGCAGUUCAACCUGGCCAUGCACCUGCUGAGCCCCUCCGUGGCAUCACCCUCUGCCGCCGCCGCCUCUAACAACACCGUCUCAUCAGAGCUCGCCGAGGCCGUGUCCAAGCUGCGCGCGCUCAACGCCCUGCUGGAGGGUGCACAGUUUGCCCGCUUCUGGGCGACGAUGGACUCGGACGACCUGUACGCCGACCUGACGACCGAUAUUGAAGGCUUCGAGGAGGGCGUGCGCGUGCGCAUUGCACAGCUCAUCAGCCAUGCGUUCCGCGAGAUCCAGGUGCCCAUCCUGGAGCAAUGGCUGGGUCUGAGCGAGGACGCCGUGCGCCAGUUUGUGACGGGAACGUGCGGCUGGAAGGUGGACGGCGCGACGGUGCAGAUUCCCAAGAACGCCGAGAACGAGGCCAAGAAGACAGAGAUCCGGGAGGAUGUCAACAUUGAGAUGUUUUCGCGUGUCAUUCGGAGAUCGUGGGAGGAAACUGCAUAG